AUGCAAGCAAUGUCGCACAAGACGGACAGCUGGGAUUCCGGCGGUGCUACCAACCCGAAAGUGGAGGACCAGGGACUGCAUGAAGUGCAGCAGGAGGACCACAGCAAGGAGGAGGAGGAGGAGCAGCUCAGACAUGCGAAGAGGCUGAUGGCAGAGCUGGAGGAGGAGCGCCAAAGGCAGCGCCGGAAGCGGUCAAGGAAAACCGAUGAUGCAGCAAAGCUGGCUGCUGCCACGGCUCUGAUUGAGGGCCAAGUGGGCACCUCGUCCCCGACUCCCCUGCCGCUGCCCUUUUUGACGGCGCAGAGAAGCGUGGCCUGGAGAUGGCCCGGAGAAAAGGGCGGCUGGAGCUACAUGGUGGGCAUCGGCUGGGCGGUGAGCUACAAGAGGACCGCGGAGAAGUUCAACCGCUCCUCCUGUGAGUCGGACUUUGAAAAGUGGCUCGGUGUGGACCACGAAUGCCUCAUCUCCCGAAGCGGUCCAGCGGAGGCCGGGAGCGGGUUUCCUCCCACAGGGGCGGCUGCCCUCAGUGCCGAGCCGGAGGUUGAGCUCUUCUCGGAUGCGUCCUCCAAGUUCACGGCCCAUCAGGGGCCAGAUGUGCUGAUUGAGACAAUGUCUGUUCCAAGUGUGGAUUCUGCUGUGAAGAAUUUCCGAAGUGCCUUGGCACGCAACCCUCAGUUCAGCCGAGACAUGAGCCCCCCGGCUUCCACAUCUUCCUCGUUCGGGCUCGGGCGGGUGCCAAUGCUCAAGGCUCCAUCUGAGACCGACAUCAGCACGACGGUGCCGUCCGAGGCUCCGGCCAUCGGCGAUUCUGAGCUUCUGUCUUCGGAGGCUUCAGCACCGCGGUUCGGUGCUACGAAGGCUCCCGGCCCAGCUGGUGGCACGGAGCCUGGGGACAUGAUCGAUGUGUCGGCAGUUGCGGACGCAGAGACGAUGCAGCUGCGCUUCAGACACCUGGAUUAUGACAACGUCGACCACAAAUACUUCAAGCAAGCGCUGCUGUCAGGCUUGAAGGAUUUGGGUCUCACCGAGACGCAUGCGGACACACUGCAGAUCCGCUUGUCGAAGGGAAGCAUCCUUGCAGACAUCUCAGGGCCGCUGCCCAGCAUGCGGGCCUUGAAGUCACUGCCUCUGAGCACUUUGAGAGUCUUCGGCUGUCCGGCAGAGCUGGUGGACACUCUCCUCUCCUUGGGCAAGCCCCUCGCUCGUCCGCUGUCAGCAACGUCGCAGAUGUCCGACAGCAAGGCCAAGGAGACACUUUUACCCGCCGCGCUGCUCACACAACAUCCGGCUGAUCCUUGGAAGGAUCAGAAUCCGAAUCCGGCCGUUCGAGACUUGGACGUCCCACGAAUAAAGGGGCAAGAGGUGUCACCUAUUCUUCCCAUACCGCCGGUGGCACCCGGGAAGGUGGAGGAGUUCGUGGAGCAAGCGGGAGGAAAUCUGGAGGAGGAGAAGAUAGCGUCGAGGCAGAACGACGGCGAGUACGGCGAUGAAUAUGGCGAUGAUUUCGAAGAGGAGCCGGAAGAAGAAGAGGAGGUGUCCAGGCCCAACGAAGUGGUGAAUUCGUCGCAACCACAUCCUGCCAAGGACGCACCGGCAGCUGAUUCUAUCAAGGCCGCUACAACGCCGAACAAUAACAACCUGACCGGGCACUCGGACAUGAAGGCGGAGAAGGAAAGCCCGGCUGCACCGGAGCCCACAGCGCCGGCGCCAAAGAUGAGUAUAGAGGACGACUACGAAGAUGAAGACUUCGAGGAUGCCUCUCAAGACGAUGGCCCUGCCGAGACGGUCGGCCAGGAGGGGCAAGCUACGUCAAAGAUCAAGGAGGAUGAACCGAAGGCUGACAGCAGCUACGGCUCGGAAGACUUCGAGGAGGAGCCUGAAGACAAACCUGCCAGUGGCGGUCCAGCCGCAGCUCCAGGCGGUCCGACGGAUGUGGCCGCGUCUUCCGAUCGCCCUGCAUCGACCGCCGGGAAGUACAGCGACUACUCAGACGAGCCUUUUGAGGAGCAGGUCUCUGAAGAGCUCCAAGAGGAAGCAACCGAGCCUUCCGGAGGUCAGAAGGCCGCCGGGGUCGUCGUCCGUGCACCUUCCCCCGCAGAGGCAGCUCCCACUGGAAGGGAAAGCGACUAUUCGGACGAGGCUUUUGAGGAGCAGGCUUCGGAGGAGUUGGAAGACAAGCCACUCAAGCCCGCAGCAGGUGCACCAGCGCCCGAGGUCGCCUCUUUACCACUGGAGGCCAAGGCGGAGCCAGAGGCCGUCCCGAGCGAGCCGAGCAUCCGGUCGGCAGAGGCAUCCCCUGUGUCGCGGAGCAGUGAGUAUGGAGACGAGGCAUUCGAGGAGCAGGCUUCGAAGGAGUUGGAGGACAAGCCACUCAAGCCCGCAGCAGGUGCACCAGUGCCCGAGGUCGCCUCUUUACCACUGGAGGCCAAGGCGGAGCCAGAGGCCGUCCCGAGCGAGCCGAGCAUCCGGUCUGCAGAGGCAUCCCCUGUGUCGCGGAGCAGUGAGUAUGGAGACGAGGCAUUCGAGGAGAUGCAUUCCGAGAAGGUCGAGGAGAAGACACCGAAUCCGCUGGAAGGUCAGCCCCUUCCAGAGGUCGCUGCACACGCUCCUUCCUCUGCAGAGGCCAAGGCGGAGCAAGAGGCUGAGGCGGUGCCGAGCGAGCCGAGCAUCCGGUCGGCAGAGGCCUCCCCCGUGUCACCGGGCAGUGACUACGGAGACGAGGCAUUCGAGGAGAUGCAUUCCGAGAAGCUUGAGGACAAGGCACAGAAUCCGCUGGAAGGUCAGCCCAUUCCAGAGGCCACUGCACACGCUCCCUCCUCUGCGGAGGCCAAGGCGGAGCAAGAGGCUGAGGCGGUGCCGAGCGAGCCGCGCAUCCGGUCGGCAGAGGCCUCCCCCGUGUCACCGGGCAGUGACUACGGAGACGAGGCAUUCGAGGAGAUGCAUUCCGAGAAGCUUGAGGACAAGGCACAGAAUCCGCUGGAAGGUCAGCCCAUUCCAGAGGCCACUGCACACGCUCCCUCCUCUGCGGAGGCCAAGGCGGAGCCAGAGGUCGAGGCCGUGCCAAGCGAGCCCAGCAUCCGGUCGGCAGAGGCGUCGCCGCGAUUGCCGAUUGAUCGGAGCAGCGAGCAUGCAGACGAGGCAUCGCCUGUCGAGCGGAGCAGCGACUACGGAGGCUACGGCUCAGAAGACUUCGAGCAGGAGCCGGAAGAGAAACCUGGCAGCGGCGGUCGGGCAGUUCCAGGUUCCGUGGCGAAGGAUGUGACCGAGUCUUCCGAUCGGCCUGCAUCGUCCGCUGGGAAGUACAGCGACUAUGGAGACGAGCCUUUUGAGGAGCAGCUUUCUGCAGACCAGGAGGGGGCUUUGGAGCCUCCUGCAGGUCAGCAGGUGCCCGAGGUCGUCAUCCACGCGCCUUCCCCCGCAGAGGCAGCGCCCACUGGAAGGGAAAUCGACUAUUCGGACGAUUUGUUUGAGGAACAGGCUUCGGAGGAGUUGGAAGACCAGCCGUUCGAGCCCGCAGCAGGUGCACCAGCGCCCGAGGUCACCGGUGGCGCUUCUUCACCACUUGAGGCGGAGCUAGAGGCCGUCCCGAGCGAGCCGAGCAUCCGGUCGGCAGAGGCCUCCCCCGUGUCACCGGGCAGUGACUACGGAGACGAGGCAUUCGAGGAGAUGCAUUCCGAGAAGCUCGAGCACAAGGCACAAAAUCCGCUGGAAGGUCAGCCCACUGCACACGCUCCCUCCACUGUGGAGGCGAAUUGGACUGAGGAGCAGCUUUCAGAGGAACUCGAUGCAAGCCCGAUGAAGUCUCCAGGAGGUCCGCUCGCACCCGAGGCAAUCGGCCGCGCUCCGUUUUCAACAGAGGAGGCUGAUGGGAACUACGACGAUGCCUUCGAGAAGGAGGAGAUCUCCGAAGAGCUUGAAGAUGUGGUUGAGCCAAGAGCCCUGCCGCUGGGCGCUCCGGCGAGAGACCAUGGUGAAGAGGGCUUCCAGGAGCCGCUGGAGGGCAGCCCGAUCUCCAACCUCAGCAGUGACCCCAGCGGCCCCUUUGAGACGGAGAUUGACUCGGGCAUGGAAGACCUGGACACUUCCGGUGACUUCCCCGACAGCGAGGAGCCUAUGAAGGUCAUCGAGGAGGGAGAUGCAAUCUUCAACGACCUUGGAAUGCGCCAGGCCGGCAUGCUGCCGACGGUGGACGAAAACUCCUCCGAGGAUGAAGACGAGGACAACUUCGAUGCUGAGCCCAGCAGCGUCUUUUCCAGGCCGACCCCUUCGAUGUUCGAAACUGCAGGCAAGCCCGGAGAGCGACCGACCAGCAGCUCGUCGCACUCGACAGUGACUUCGACAUCCGAGCUCUUCGGGGCACGGUUGCGCCCCUCGAGCGCUGGAGCGAGUCGGUCGGAGUCCCGUCCAGGAAGCGCCCGGCCAGGGGGCAACCGACCGACGUCGGCUGGUACGGAGAUGUCUCAGCCAUCGCCCGUUCUGUCCGAUGGUCUGCCGCUGGCACAGAUAGCCCCUUCUUCCCUCGGAUUCAAGGUGGAUUUCGGGGGCUGGGCUCGGAGGUAUCUGGACAAAGUUCUUCAUGGGCCAUGGGGUGAGUGCGGCUUGGAAAGCAUCGGAGGAGGACGCCAUCAGCGCGUCCGGCCCGAUGCCAUCAUGCCCUUCCCAGACGGGGAGUUGGUGGAGUACCACAGUGCAUCCAUGAAUUCGUGGAUACCUGCACGACUACUCCGACAAGGCCAAAGAAUGGCAACCUUCGACCUCGACUGCAAGGACGGAGUGGAGAUCAACAAGAUACGCCUGCCGCCCCCACAUGGUGGCAGAGAUGGGGGCAAGGACGCUGGCAAAGGUCAGCCGCUAGGGCCUCCAAUGACCACCUUCCCGCUUCAGGCAGGUGAGAUCUGCUUCUACAAAAGCUCCGCUCAUGGCUGGAUUCCUGCGAAGGUGCAGAGCUACCGGACCGGCGAGGGAACCUGUGAGCUGGACGUGAAGCCCGGGGCCAACGUGGACAACGUGUUUCGCCUGCUGGAUGGCACAGAGGUGGAGUAUCACAGCGCGACGUCCAACAGCUGGAUUGUGGCCAGGCUGCUGCAGAAGGCAGCAGAGCCUGGGACUUUCGAUCUCGACUGCAAGAUGGCAGUCCCGAUCACGAAGAUCCGACCGCCUCCGGAUGCUACUGGAGGACUGCAGCCCGCGGCAAAGCACAAGUCCCGCGGCGGUGCGGCAGGGGCUACAACAGGCUUCUUCGACUGGUGGGGUGGCAGGGCAGAAGAACCACCCAUGGACAAGGGCAAGGGCAAAGAUGGCAAGGGCAAGGGCAAAGACGAUAUGGGCAAGGGCAAAGGCUACGAAGGCACCUUCGUUCCAAGCCCGGCUGGUGGAACAACGGCCGACGUCCGGCAGGGGCAAGGAGAUUGGGGAAUGUUCGGAGGCUAUGGAUGGGGAGGUGCACCUCGCAAGGCCUCUUUGUGGCGCUACUGCCCACAGGACGGCCGACACUUGGACAUCCGGUCCGAGCCCAACGUCGAUGGCGGCCGCUCUUUGCAUUGUUUGGGUGCCGGCGACAUCUUCUGUGUGAGUCAAGAGAAACCAGGCCCACAAGGGGUGCUUUACCUGGAGCUUGCUGAUGGUCGCGGCUGGGUCUUUGACCACAAGCCCGGAUUUGGGAAGAUGUGCGAGAAGUACACUGUGGAGGAGGACGAUACCCCUGGGGCCUACGCUGUCAUCCACGAGCGCCUCGAGGUGACGAAGAAUAGGGCUUCGGUGGGCGGCGACACAGUUGGAAAGCUCACUGCUGGGACCACCAUUCAAAUCCUGGAGGUCGCCCAAAUCAGCGAGCAGAGUCGGGUACGAGGUCGCCUAGACUCCCCACAAGGCUGGAUCACUCUCUUCGAUGGCUCCACGGGCCUGCGCCACGCUGUCAAAUCGAGGAAGCCUCCGGCACGCGCGGAGCGGAACGCAUGCAGCGUUUGGGGACGAUAG